AAAACCAAGGAGAGAGGAAGGCUGGCAGCGGACCGGUGUACCCACAUCAUGACCAGCUACCGCCACCACUCGGGAUACUUUGCGGACGAUGAGGCCGGGCACAUCACGCACCGGGCCCGGGUGCAGCCACCUAAGAAGCCAGUGUUCCCGGAAAUGGGGCAGACCUCCAAGCUGGGCCGCAUGCCACACCCGCCAACAAUGUGUGGUCCCUCGGGCAGCUCAGGGCCUCGCAGCCAUCGAAGAAACUCGAGGGGCCCUCCACCGUUUGGUAGCUUCCUGGAUUUUCUUGUCGAGGGCCAGGUGCUGGACAGCCUGCAGAGGGUGGUGGAGGAAGCAACUGAGCGCAUGGCUACCAUGAAGACAGAGACUGGGGUGCCCCUGGUGGAGGUGCAGGAUCCAGUGGAGGUGCCGAGGGGUGGGCGGCGGGUGCGUGCCCGGCCUAGCCUCAGUACUGUGCACCGGCACCAUGUCCGGCCCAACCUCUGUGUUGGGCACCCCAACAACUACCCAUCCUGCUCCAGCUCCCUGUCCGACUCACAUAGCAGUAUCACAGCUGGCUGCCAGGACAGCAACCUGGGCUACCCGGGCUUGGGCCCACUGCCACCCAUAAGGGACAAAUUUCUGCAGGAGAAGAGCCUCAAACGGCUGCUGCAGCUGGAGAACAGAGGGAAACGCCUGGGGCAAUUCUGCUCCCAGAGAGACUCCCUGCUGUGGGAUUCGCUGGCCUCAAGCUUGGGCACAACCGAAGCAUCAGAGCCGGGGCUUGGAGAGAGAGAGCUGACCUUCCUCAAGAGAGAGUUCAACAAGGAGAUCAAGUCCUUGCUGAGCCAGCCAGAGUCCUUCAACCUGCCUGGCUACUCUUCGCUCCGUGAGCCCCAUCGGACCCUAGACCUCCUGGCCAAGCACCAACUCUUCCCUGCCCUGCAGAGUGUAGUCAGCCAGGCUGUGGACAAGCUCAGUUGUGCUGUCUGCCAGAAUGGCUGCCCUCUCUUCCCAUCAGAAUGGGAGCCCAAUUCAGAAGACACGCCAGGCUCUAAGCGGGCCACACCUGCUGAAGGGGAGGAGUCCUUUGAUGAUACGGCCCCCACCACAACCUCCAGUGUCAAGAUGGGUGGAAGAAAGAACACAAAGUCCAGAACACGGGGCAAGCUGAAGGAAGAUGGUUCCUCCAUGUCUAAUGCCCAAGGGACCACCAGAUUUAGGCUCCAGAGCCCCAAUUACAUGAAGAAGAUGACACUGCCCUCCAUCUCCUCCAAGUCCACGUCCCACCUCUCCACCCCCUGGUUAGAGGAGCUUGUCAACGAUUUGAUGGAUCAGGCUGUCUCCUUGCUUGUCUGCAAGUACAAGUUUGAGAGGAACCUCAACAAGCGGCUGGGCCUUAUCUCCUUCCCCAUCACCGAGACCCUCCUGGACCUCUUGCUGGGCUUCAAGAAAGUGAAAGGCUCCCACAUCUGCCUGUCCUCAGAGGUCAACUGGAACUGCCUGCUGCAAAAGCUGGAGGAGGCCCAAUGGGCCCGGCAGAUAUCUCUGCAGGCCUCCAAGCAUGGCAUCCCCCAGCACAGCACCUCCCAGCACACUGUCUCCCACCAGGACACCAGCAACCAAGAUACCUCCCAGCACAGCACAGAGGCCCCCUCCAUGUCGUCCACGCCAGCCAUUGUCACGGAUCAGAAGGUGGCCGAGGAGCCCUCCCUCCACUCUGAAUUGCCAGGUCCCGAGCUUCCCACCCCUCAGGAGAAAAGUACAGCUGAGGAGCAAGAGCCCGUGAACGUGUUGGAGCCCACGCUCUCCACAUGCUACAGCACUGACGGCUCUCACCAGUCUGAGCAAGCAGUGGACGUGGGGGAGAGCCAGAGCAGUGAGGAUGCGGAGGAAGAUGACAAGGACCAGAGUGAGGACAAGGACUAUGAAAGUUUGGGGGGAUGA